ACUCCAUCAACCAAAUCCAACAAACCCAAAGUAAGUGUUACUUCUUAUUGCACCACCCACGAUGAUCAUGGGAAUCGGUGAUAAGAAGAAGAAGACGAAUACGAGGGAGUGUGAAACGACGUCGUCGUUGGAGUUGCAGCUUAAGAAGCGGAACGAGGAGUUGGAGGAGGAGCUGAGCCAGAGCAAGGAGAGGGAGGAGCACGUGAGGCGCCAACUCCGCGCCGCACUGGACCGCCUCACCGUGGCGGAGGAAGCGGAGGAGCGCCUCUGCGCCCAGCUCGGCGACCUCGAAGCCGAGGCGCUGCAGCAGGCGCGUGAGUACCACGCUCGCAUCGUUUCGCUCGUCGACCAGCUUUCUCAAGCGCACUCUCUCCUCCUCAACACCCCCAUUCCCCUUCAUGCUCGCUCUUAAAUCAAUCUAGUUCUCUUUUCUUCUCUCAUGUGCUUGUUGCUUUCACGUCUACGACGGUACGUCGUGCGUAAAAUUCGAUCAUGUAUAGGGUUUUUUUUUUUCUUCCUUCAAGUGUGUUUCUUGGGAGAUAAUCUUUGUUUGGGGUAUGAUUGAACACUAAAUAUCAACACUUCUCCCAUGGGGAAUUUGACCUUUGAUUCUCUAUGUUGUGGGAGACUAAUCCUUCUGCGCUAGAUUCGACCUGUUCCUGGUGGAGUUUGACUUCUCUACUGUAUCUUUCCUUUAUCAGCUGUGUUGCUUGUUGCAUCUUUGAAACGAUAUCGUUUUUAUGAUUUUUAAAA